AUGUCAUCGAAUUAUAGGAAUUAUAAAAAUAAUCAUGAUAGUUAUUGUAAAGAAAAUGAUUAUAGGAAUAAUAAUAAUAAAGAGAAAAAUAAAAUAAAGAAUAAUAAACGAGAUGUCUUUGAAAGGGAAAGAAAUCAAAGCGUCAUAGAUAAUAAUAAAAAUAUGUUUGAAAAAAAUAAAUAUAAUUCUAGAGAUUAUAUGGAUAAAAAAUAUGACAACAAGUAUAACAAAAAAUAUGAUGAUAAGUAUGAUAAAAAAUGUGACGAUAAGUAUGAUAAAAAUUAUGAUGAAAGAUAUAACAAAAAUUACGAUGACAAGUAUGAUAAAAAUUAUGAUGAAAGAUAUAACAAAAAUUACGAUGACAAGUAUGAUAAAAAUUAUGAUGAAAGAUAUAACAAAAAUUACGAUGACAAGUAUGAUAAAAAAUAUGACAAAAGAUAUGAUGACAAAUAUGAUAAAAAAUAUCAAGAUAAGAAAGAUAAUGAAUAUCAUAAAGGAAAGAGAAAAUAUGAUGAAAGGAAACAUAGUUACGUAAGUCAAGAAAAAGAUUAUAAUAGAAGAAAUAAUUCAGAAACUUAUGAUAAAUAUAAAGAAUGUAACAUUGAAAAGAAUAAUCAACAUACUAAAAUAAUGAACCAUUAUAAUAACAACAAUAGUUUAUAUAACAAAAUUGAAUAUAGAAAAAAGAGAUCCUUUGCUAAAAGUAAAGAAGAUGAAAGAAAUAAAUCAGAAGAAGAUUUAAGUGAAGAUGACAAGAAUAAAGAUUAUUCAUCUGCUUCAGAAAGUAAUUUUUAUAAAUAUAAGAAAAGAAAGAAUAACACAUACGAAUAUAAAGAUGAUAAAGAUUAUACAUCUUAUGAUAAUAAGUUUAGAAAAAUUCGAAAUAUAGAUGAUAUAUUAGAAAUGAAACCAAAUAUUCUGUUAUCCAGAUUUAUAUUUAUAUACAAAUUAGUUGAUAAUAUUUCAGAAGAUGAAAUAGAUGAGCUAAUUAGAAAUAUAUCCAUAAAUAAUGCUUUUUCAUUACCUGUUAAUAUAUAUAUAAAUAAAUUAUCCUUUUUUUCAAUAAAAGAUGAACUAUUUGUAAAAGAAAAUUUAGAGUUUUUAAAAAACAAUUCAUAUUUUAAUAUAAUACAACAAAAAAUUCAAUCUAAUUUUUUAUUAGAGAAUAGAAUAAAUGAUGAUCAAUGUUGUAUUAUAGAAUUCCCUUCUGAUGAAGCAUCUGGCAAAUUAUUUUCACUUUAUGAAAAAGAUAAUUGUAUUGAAAUAAAAAAUAAUAUAUCUUAUAUAUUCCCCUUAUUCAAAUUGAAAAAUAAAGGGAAAAAUGUUGAAGAAAAAACGGGUAGUAAUAAAGUAAGUGAUUGGUAUUGUUCAGCUUGUAAUUUCUUAAACUUCUCUAGAAGAACAGCUUGUCACUUUUGCAAAGCUCCCAAAACAAGUGAUGCAAAAUUAGUAGACAAAGAAACUAGUACCAUUAGUACAUUUAUAAAAAAUAAUAUAAACCAUCAAGAAAAUAAUUUAUAUUUAAUAAAUAAUAAAAAUUUAUAUAAUAAUAUGCAUGUCGAUAAAGGUACGUAUAACCAUAUGUUGUCGGAUCCUUUGAAUAUGCAAAAAGUAUAUGUGUAUAACAAUAUGGAGGACAAUUAUGAAAAUAUUUUGAACGAUACUUAUAAAGAUGCAAACAAUAAUAUUAGUAAUAAUAAUAAUAAUAAUAAUAAUAAUGACAAUGAUUAUAAUAAUAAUAAUAAUAAUAAUAAUAAUAGUAAAAAUAAUAAUUAUAAUAAUAAUUAUAAUAGUAAUUAUAAUAGGGGGAAUGAAAAUAACCAUUUAAAAUUGUCAAAUAAUAAUAUAUUCUUUUCAUAUAACCCAUUUCACAAAUUUAAUGAAGAUUCUCAAAAUUAUGAGAAUAUUAAUAAAGAGAUAAUAUGUGAUGAUCAAAAUACUAAUAUGCUUAUUUUAAAAAAUAUGGAUGGAAAUAUAUUAAUUAAGGAUUUCAUACAAUUUUUAAAUGUAACAUUUGAUAAGAAUGAUGUGAGUUGUAUUUAUUUAUUCAAUGAUAUUAAAGGUUCUAGUAAAAAAAAAGGCUUUUGCUUUAUUGAAUUUUAUAAUAUAAAUAUGGCAAAAAAGGUAAUGAAUAAUAUGGAAAAAAAUUAUUAUCUCAAUUUUCAAGAUAAUUAUUUAAAAUUAGAUUAUGUAUAUGAAAAAGAAAAACAAUAUUUUUUUAAUUGUAUCCAAAUGGCCAAACUCGAUAUAAGUAAAAGCUCAGCUACAGUUGUUAAAAAUAAUAUUCCGUAUUUUAAUUUUUUUGUUAAUUAUUUUGAAGCAGUAGUACACAUGAAUAUACAUUGUUAUACUUAUUUCUUGAUGUGGUCAUCACAAAUUAUUAUUCUGAAAAAGGGAAAACCUGAAUUAUCCGAGUUUUUCUUUGAUUACAAUAGUCAAUAUUAUUAUCACCCUUUGUAUCAGUUAUAUUUUGAUAAUAAUACAAAAUAUUAUAUGUCUCUCUCAAAAGGUUAUUAUAUUUGGGAAGAUGGUUUAAAAUGUUUACUUAGGGUUUAUUUGGAUAACCUUGGUGAAAAUGUAUAUGAAAGAGAAAAUUAUGAUAAGAAGUUUUCUUUAAUGGAUGCAUCGAAAAAUAAGGAGCAUGAAGAAACUCACCAACAAGCACGUAUAAAUGAUGAUCAUAAAUAUGAUAAUAUUAGUAAUAAUAAUAUAAUUAAUGGUCAUAUGUUGGAACAGAAGUUAUCUAAUUAUAAAAUAGAAAAGGAAAAUGAGAAAAAAAAUAACAAUGAGAAUGUUAUACUAAACAAAAUUUCCUCAUUUGUAGAAAAAGCAAAAGAAAUAGCUCUGGCCUCCAAAAAAAACAUUGAACAAAUGAACAUGAACGACAAUAACUUAUCUAUUUUGGAAAAAAAAAAUAAAGAAAUUAUAAAAAAACAUUUUACGACGGAUUCGGCAGAUGAUGAGGAUGAAGAAAAUGAUAAUGAUAAUGAUAACGAUGAACAUGACGACGAUCACGAUAAUGAGAAGGAAGACAAUGACGAUGAAUUGAAUAAUGUAUCAAUAAAAAAUAAAGAUAAUAUAUCAGAUAUUAAUAUAAUAGAAAAGCAAAGCAAUGAUGAUCAUAAUAAUAAGCAACGUAUUGAUAAUUCUUCAUAUUAUGAUUAUAAAAAAAAUGUGAAACUUUCUGAUAAUAUCUCAAAUAAUAUUAAUAAUAAUAUACCUUAUCAAAAUAAUAAUAAUGAUAUGAAAAAAGGAUACACCAAUGUAUCAAAUAAUUCUUUUAAUAAUUCAAAUAUUUAUAACAAUAAUAAUGAACAUAUAAAUAAUAAUGAUGAAAAAGAUGUUAUAAGUGAACAAUCAGAAAAGAACAUAAAUAUUUGUUUUAUUUGUUUGAGAAAAUUUUUAAAUGAAGAAAUGCUUCAACGACACAUUGAUGUUUCAAAUUUGCAUAAAAAAAAUGUAGAAAUUCUUUCAGAUCCUGUAUUAAGUAAUUAA